AUGAAUUACGAUCCAGAUGAUGAUGAAAUAGACGUCUUUUUAGAUAGCAGAGACUUUGCAAAAAAAGUCUUAAAUUAUCAAGGUGUUACAGUUGUAGAGUUUUAUGCGACUUGGUGUCCACCUUGCUGCCAGUUUUAGCUGAUUAAAAAAGAGUAUCUUCCUCUUCGAAAAAAUAGGAAUUAUUACAAUUGGUACAAAAUAGAUAUUGAAAAGAAUUUGGAAUUUGCAAAGGGAUUUGAGUUAGAGGGAGUUCCUUCUGUAUUCUUGUUUUAUAAAGGAUAAAUUAUUGACCGCUUUGUAGGUCUUGAUCUAAAAGGAUUCGAUCGUAUCAAAUAAACUGCAUUACAAUUAGCCUCAUAACCAAUACAUAGCAACAAUUCUUUCGAAUGA